AUGCCUAACGAUAAAGAAACUUUUCCCACGCCAGGUUCUACCGAUGACGCGAAAUCUGCUGUCAGCAACGAAAAAACUUCCAAGCUCGUUCCAACCUUAGAUUCUCCUACAAUCGAAACUAUUGCAAACUUGAUAAAAAAUGGAAAAGUUAAUAAUGUUAUUGUGAUGGCAGGCGCAGGAAUCUCUACAGCAGCUGGCAUACCGGAUUUUAGAACACCUGGUACAGGCAUCUAUGAUAAUUUAGGAAAAUAUAAUUUACCAUAUCCAGAAGCAAUUUUUGAUAUAAAUUAUUUUGAGGAACAUCCAGAGCCAUUCUUUACAUUGGCAAAGGAAUUAUAUCCUGGAAAAUAUUUUCCUACUUUAGCGCAUUAUUUCAUAUUUCUGUUGCAUCGACGUAAUCUUCUUUUAAGAUGUUUUACUCAAAAUAUUGACACACUUGAAAGACUUACUGAUUUACCACCUGAUUUGAUUGUUGAAGCUCACGGAUCAUUUGCAGAAUCAAAAUGUUUAAAUUGCAAAGCAUUAGCAGAUUCUGAGUGGAUGAGAAGUAUAGUUGUUGAUAAAGGCGAGAUACCUGGUUGUGUUAAGUGUAACGGUGGAUUAGUUAAACCAUGUAUAACCUUUUUUGGAGAAAUGUUACCUCGUAGUUUUUUUGAAAGAUUAUCAGAUUUUAAAAAAUGUGAUCUUUUAAUCGUUAUUGGAACUUCUUUACAAGUUCAACCUUUUGCUAGUUUAAUCGACGAUGUUAAAGAUACAAUUCCAAGAUUAUUAAUCAACCUAGAGAAAGUCGGUGAGACAUAUAUGCCAGGAUUUGGGUUUGACUUUGAAGGAGAGGAUAGAAGAGAUGUUUUCUUACAAAGCACAUGUGAUGAAGGUGUUAAAAAAUUAGCAAAAUUAUGUGGUUGGGAGGAUGAAUUGCAACAACUUUAUACAGAAGGACACAAAGCAUUAAAAGAAAAAUAUGGUGCUAAGACGAUAACUUCACUUGUUGAUAAAGAUUUAGAAGAAUUAGUUGAAGAUUUUGAAAAGAUUUCUAUAAAAAAGGCUUCUACAAUCACAGAAACAAAAUCAAUAACUAUUGAACAAAAUAAAGAUUUAAAAAAGGACAAAGACGAGAAGAAUGAGGCAGUGAAAGAAAAGGACGAGAAGGAAAUAACAGUGGGUAGCUAG